GGAAUGGAUAUUCUAAAGUCUUACAAGGAAUAGAAGAGAAAGAGAAAGAGAGAGAAAAGUCCAACAAACUCUCGGAAAACGUCUUUCUCUGGUUUUGUCCUACCUACAAAUCCAAUGCCCUAAUUCUCUCCAGAAUUAGUCUUUCUUUCGUUUCUUUUCCAAUUAACAUCCUUCUCAAAUUCCUGAUCAGAAAUCAAGAUCAAUGGCGUUAAUUUCAAAGAAUUUGAUCAUGUUUUUGAGAAUUUUACUGUUCCUAGGGUUUUGGUUUGAAUAUGGGCAAUCUUUCAAAGUACCUUUCAGGGUUAACGAUGUACUACCAGUAUUACCUAGACAAGUUUCAUGGCCAUUGCUUAAUAAUUUUCAUAGUGCUGUUGAUCUUUUACCAUCUUUUGUUGGAUCUGUUAGUCCAAAUAACGGUUCUAUUGAGUGGAAAGGUGCUUGUUUUUACGGUAAUCAAGCUCGUAUGGAGUUUACUAUUGGUACUACUGGAGAUGAUGAUAAGGGUUUGGGUGGUGGUGUUCUAUAUCUCAAGACAGAUGAGGCACACAGCUGGACAUGCAUGGAUCUUUAUGUAUUUGCAACACCUUACAGGGUAACUUGGGAUUACUAUUUUUCUGCGCGGGAGCAUACGUUGAAGAUCGAUGCAUGGGAAGAGCCUGCUGAGUUGGAAUAUGUUAAGGAGCAUGGAAUAUCUGUAUUUCUUAUGCCAUCAGGAAUGCUUGGGACUUUUAUGUCAUUGAUAGAUGUCCUGCCUCUAUUUUCGAACUCUGUCUGGGGUCAGAACGCAAAUUUAGCAUUUCUACAAAAGCACAUGGGAGCGACAUUUGAGAGACGUAGUAAGCCUUGGAUUGCGACAAUCAAUCCAGAAGAUGUUCAUUCUGGUGAUUUCUUAGCACUUUCAAAGAUCCGUGGUCGUUGGGGUGGAUUUGAGACAUUAGAGAAAUGGGUAACAGGGGCUUUUGCUGGCCACACUUCUGUUUGCUUGAAGGAUGAUUCUGGCAAGCUCUGGGUUGGUGAAUCGGGGCAUGAGAAUGAGAAGGGAGAGGAAAUUAUAGUGGUAAUUUCUUGGGAAGAGUGGUGGGAACUGGCACUAAAGGAUAAUUCAAACCCGCAUAUAGCUCUGCUUCCUCUACAUCCAGACAUGCGUGCAAAGUUUAAUGCCACUGCUGCGUGGGCUUAUGCUCGGAGUAUGUCAGGCAAGCCAUAUGGUUACCAUAAUAUGAUAUUCAGUUGGAUUGAUACCAUAGCUGACAACUAUCCGCCACCUCUUGAUUCUCAUUUGGUUGUCUCUCUUAUGUCUAUGUGGACUAGAGUUCAACCUGCAUAUGCUGCUAAUAUGUGGAAUGAAGCUCUAAACAAGCGGUUAGGAACUGAGGGUCUGGAUUUAUAUGGAAUACUUGAUGAGACUGAAAAGCGUGGUAUAACAUUCGAUCAUUUACUUACGAUUCCCGAACAAGAUGACUGGGUGUACAGUGAUGGCAAAUCAACGACUUGUGUUGCCUUCAUCCUUGAAAUGUACAAAGAGGCUGGACUCUUUGGUCCUAUUGCUAGCUCUAUUCAAGUUACAGAGUUCACGAUCCGUGAUGCAUACGUACUUAAAUUAUUUGAGAAUAACCAAACACGUUUGCCAAUUUGGUGCAAUAAUGAGAAUGAUCAGCUCCCAUUCUGCCAGAUCCUUGGGGAGUAUCGCAUGGAGUUGCCUCAGUAUAAUACUAUUGAGCCGUACGCCAAAAUGAAUGAAAACUGCCCCUCUUUGCCACCAGCUUAUGAGAGGCCUGUAAAGUGUUAAAUUUCAGGCUGAAGCUUGAAGUUGGUGUUAUUAUAGUUCACGGAAUGUAGCGAUACUUUUGUGUGAUGUGUUAUGAAGUUACUGAAGGUGUAUUUCAGUUGCCAUAUAGAAGAACACUUCUUUCAAAUUUCGUCCUUUCUAAGUCUCCAAUUCCACUUGUAAAUAUUUCUUAUCUUGAAAUGAAUUAAACAUUUGACCUGAUAGCAAAGGGUUUCUUAUACUUUGUAUGACUAUAUAUUUUGUACGAAGUUCUAAAUAAUGUAGAUUCUAUUAGUAUGUUUGGAUAAA